AAACCAACGUUAACGAAUUGAAAAAGUUUCUUCGAAAUUCGAUGCAUUUCUAAGUGAUUUGAUCAAAUUUUCAAACUUACUACCAUUCUAAAUAUUAUUAAUCUCAUUCACUGCAAGCACAUCAAGAAGUUUACAACCAUAGGAGUAAAAUGGACUUACAACGAAAUAUAGAAUGGAGAACAGAAUGGCUCUUGAAAUUGAUUUGCGUAGUUUUCGAUAUUUAUUUGGACAUGAUACAAAAGAUUUAGGCUGUGUCAUCAAUGCUAUACAAGACUGUAUUGGUGUUCAGGGAAAUUUGCUGAAAAUAACGUGUGAACUGAAAAAUAUGGGUAUAAUAAGCGAGGAAAAUUAUGAGAUUUUGAUUGAGUUGCAUCGUGGUAAUAGAGACAUGUCAUUACCAGAGUAUAUUUUAAGAUUAUUAAUGAUGAUUCCACUUGAAGACCUGUGUUUUAUUCUAGACAGACAUGGACUCAAUACUGUUGUUAUAAAACUGCAGGAGGCCAGAUAUACACGUUUGUACAGAAAACCUCAAAAGAGAGAGCUUCGUUUUGCAAAAUUCAUUCAUAAAUAUUACAAAAAUCUAAAAAGCCAAAUAGAUAACAACUGCAUCAUUGGGGGUAAGCAGGGUAUCAGAAUUAUUCUAAGGGAUUUUAUUGCUACAUGUGAUGACACCGUGGCAUCCAGUCAAAGCACGGAUAACAAUCGGCAGCUAGCACUUGAGAAAAAUGCUGUACAUUUUGUUUUACUUAUGCAACAGUAUCAAAAUCCAGAGGAACGAGAUAUUAUUCUUACACAAGCACUAAAAACAGAGACAAAUGGAUGCGACAACACGUCCCUUCAAAUAGUUUGUCAUUCAAAAUUGGCGUGUACAGAAGCGUUCAGAGAAAACAACGAUGCUGCUCAAGCAUAUAUUACACAAGCCAAAGCUCUUUGUGAAAACAUUUCACCAUGCUUUGCUCUAACCUCUGCUUAUCAUGACGAUUUAUUCUUGCAAACAUUAUUUUUUUCCAAUGAACAGUCAGACGAGACAUCGGAGUCUGCCUUGAAAGGAAGUGAGAGUGCUCUUUUAUGUAUGUUUGAGGAACAGAAAGAAGUACAGGUUAUUUGGAAAAGAAUUAUAUUGCAAUACAUGGUAAUGUCUUUACUGAAAAUAAAAUUGGACUUCAAAGUGCAUAGAAAUGAAAUCACAAAAGAAAACGUAACAAAAGCUAAAGAAUUACUCCAUGAAAUAGAUAAAAACAGCCAAGGUAUUGAAAAGAGACGCCAAAUGAUAAAGAGCCUUUGCUACGGGGUAGUGUAUGAAAUGGAAGGGGAUCUGGACAGUGCUAAAGCCUUUCUUGAAGAAGCGCUAGACAUAGCAAGAGACGGAGGUUGUUUCCAUACGAACGAGCUGCACAAUAUUGAAGACUAUCAUGCUCAUCUUUCAGCUCAAACAUCGAGAAAGUAUAUUUCUUCUUAAAUAAGAGGUCUCAGUACAGAAGUGCCAUUAUAUAAAACUGAAAUCAAUCAUCGGGAUGUUAUUAUGGUCAGCCAUUGAUUCAGUUCGCAAGUUGGAAGAAAAGUGGUCAUUUGGAAUUAAUAAAACUUAUAAAAAGGUCAUUUGGAACUAAUGAUGGUCAUUUGGAGUUGAUGAUGAUCAUGUGGAACUAAUGAUGGUCAUGUGGAACUGUUAAUGGUCUUUGGAAUUAAUGAUGAUAAUUUGGAAGUAAUGAUGACUGAGUGGAACUAAUGAUAAUCAUUGUGAGCUUUUAUACAGUCAUCUGGUCAGUUGAAUAUCAAUACAAAUAUUAUUAUGAAUACCAUAAAUGUUAAGCUACUAGGCCUAUAACCCAGGAAAGUACACAAGCAUCUAAAUUAAAUCACACUACUGUAUGUCCAAUCAGCCGAAUCACUCAAAACAAUUUACAUAUAUAUAAAUGCUUGUGGUCCAAAUACAGAUCAUCCAAAGUUUUAUGAAAAUAUUCUCUUUUAAUAGAUGAUAUUAAUAAUAA